AUGGUAUGGCAUAAAGAGUUUGAUAAUAAUGAUGGGUACUUGAGGCAUCCAAGGGACGCUGAAGCAUGGAAAGAAUUUGAUGCAAAGUAUCCAUGUUUUUCCAACGAUCCGCGCAAUGUUCGUUUAGCUUUAGCUAGUGACGGGUUUAAUCCUUUCGGCAAUAUGAGUACGAAGUAUUCCAUUUGGCCAGUGAUUCUUAUUCCGUACAAUCUUCCUCCAUGGCUUUGCAUGAAACAAACAUCUUUUAUCCUAUCUAUGAUUAUUCCCGAUCCUAAAAUGCCGGGUAAUGACAUAGAUGUAUAUUUGGAGCCCUUGGUGGAUGAGUUGAAAGCCAUAAGUAUAGACUAUAGACUAGACCGUAGUCGAUUUGAUGGACAAGCUGAAAGCAGGGAUCCACCGAAGAAGUAUUCUGGAACAGAUGUCUUAAGGCAGCAUUGUAACAUGCAAGUAUCAUUUGGGAAGAACUCAACUCUGACAGCCAAAAGAAGACGCAUUAGUGAAGAUGCAGAUCAAGAUGACUCGUAUUGGAAAAAGAGGAGUGUGUUCUUUGAUCUCCCGUACUGGAAGGAUCACAUGUUGCGUCAUAACCUUGACGUGAUGCACAUAGAGAAAAAUAUUUGUGACAAUGUGGUCUUCACUAUCUUAAACGAUAGCGUCAAAUCAAAAGAUAAUCUUAAAGCUCGCAAAGAUUUACAAAGCAUGGGCAUAAGGCCUGAAUUGUGGCCGGACAAAGGUGGUAAAUAUCCUUCAGCAAUGUUCACAAUGUCGAAUCCACAGAAGGAUGUAUUUCUGAAGACUCUACAGAACGUGGUCUUUCCAGAUGGUUACUCGAGCAAUAUUGCUCGUUGUGUUGACAUCCGGCAGCGCAAGUUGUAUGGGUUGAAGAGUCACGACUGCCACAUUCUAAUGGAAAAAUUACUUCCAAUUUUGGUGAAGAAUGCAUUGCCAAGUCCGCUUGGUGCCCUUCAGAAUCAUGUUGUGCAAGGUGCCCUUCAGAAUCAUGUUGUGCAAACUCUGUGUCAGAUGGAAAUGAUAUUUCCUCCAUCCUUCUUCACUGUCAUGGUUCACCUUACGGUGCACCUCGUUGAUGAACUAAAACUUGGUGGCCCGGUACAUUAUCGGUGGAUGUAUCUAAUAGAAAGGUACUUGGGACGAUUGAAGCAAUACGUGCGUAACAGGGCACAAGCUGAAGGCUCAAUUGCGGAGGGCUAUUUAUCCGAGGAGAUUUUGACAUUCUGCUCCAGAUAUUUGGAUAAUACUGAGACUAGAAUCAAACGUCCAGCGCAAGUUGACGAUCGAUCUGUUGAUAUUGCAAACAAUGCAGGAUGUACUAAGUUCCCUGAAAAUGGAAAAGCUUCGGGGGCUGUAUCACAUUUUGCACUAACCCCAAUGGAAAGAGAUCAGGCACAUCGUCAUGUGCUAGUCAAUUGCGAGGCCGUCGCUCCAUUUAUUGAGUCAGAAACCAAGCGAAAGUUACGGGAUCAAACAAGGUCGCACUCUAAGAUAGACCGUGUUGUGCAUGCAGAAUUUCCAAGCCGGUUCAAGCGUGAGGUUCCAAUGGACAGUACCGUACCUUCGAAAGAAAUGAAGUUGCUAGCAUGUGGUCCCAUGCUUCAGGCAAGACGGUUUGGGUCAUACAACGUCAAUGGGUACAAGUUUAGAACUAUCACAAAGGAAGACAGGCUGAAAACACAAAAUAGUGGAGUUUAUGUCUCAUCCAAUACAAGAAGUUAUGCCAGCAUGCGUUACAACUGA